AUGGCCUGCACGUGGGCUUCCUCGACGUGCGCUCCAGGGGGAUCCCUUUGUACCUCGCCGCAUGUGGGCGGGAUCAAAAGCGGGCUUCGCAAGGGGGGUGACUUCAGGAGCUUCGAGAGUGCGGACCUGUCGACGGCUCACCACGUGACCGGAGGUUGGGACACGUGGCAACACGCCAACGGUCCAACGUGGCGCCGUCUCGACCAGGCGUCGAGACCCUGCGCUCUAACGAUCGUCUGCGCCAAGAACAAGCCUCGCAAGCGGGGCCCCGGAACGGGGGGGUUCUACACGCCCAACCGGCGCCCCCUCGCGCCCCGCCCCCGACCCCCCAAAAAAGUGAAACCCCCGGAACUGGAGCGAGAUUCUGACGCGCCCCCAGCAGCGCUAGACCUGACCAAGUUCAAAUGGACCGCACGGAACGAGGGAGGGGGAGAAGAAGAAAAAGACGCGCUGCUGACUCCGCAGGAUAUUCUGAACCGGAUGGACGAGUUCGGGAUCGACUCGGUAGACGACGAUACGUUUGUGCGCGUGAUGGGGGGGAACGACUCCGGGGGGGAUCCCUUUUGGGAGAACUACAACAAGGCGGCGGCCCCCAAAUACGACGGAGAGUGGUCGCUGCGGAGAGCGCGCGAAUUGAAGAAGCGCGAGCGAGUUGUGCGGCGGAAGGGGGGCGUGACGACGAAAGUUCCGGGUCCGGGGGAAGCGCCGUCGCGAGGGGGGGUACGAAAACCGCGGGAAACAGUAGACGGGGCACUUGUGAGAGUGGCAGAAAGUGACGGACCGGGGGGGGGAGAAGAGGACUCGGGGUCUGAGUCGGAGUGGGGGGUUGGAGAUGAGACCUUUGCGGCAAUUCAGCGGGAAUUUGGGGCGGACCUCGACGAGAUGCAGGGUUAUGAUACGGACUCUGACGGCGGCGAUUCGGAAAGUGGGGGUACGGAAACCGUGGAAGAAGAGGGGGAGAGAGCGGAGGCAGAGUGGGAUGAGAUACAAAACCCGGAUGACGUGGACCUGAGCGGAUACGCGGAGGGGGUGUUGAAAAGUCAGGAACACAGAGAGCGGCAGAAACUAGAGGCGGAAGAAAAGAAGCGCGCGCAGACUCCACCGGACAUGCGGCGGAUACUAGCCAUGCCGGAAGCCGCGCCGCCGGACCCGGCCGCGUGGGAGUUUGCGGACGAGAACGGUUACCUAACCCAGGAUUCGGACGAGCAUGAGGACAUAGAGUACGACUCGCAAGUCGGGUUUUCGGUCGAGUGGUUCCAUAACAAACUCGGUUACAACGACGUGUUUAAGAGCGCGUUUCCGGAGGAGCAGCAAAGCCUGGCGCGGGAGGUGUUGGCGCAGCAUUUGAAGGGGUUUCGGAAGAUGGAACCGGGGUUAGCGGAUUUUGUUGCGACGCGGUGUAGUGGGUUUCUGGACCACGAGAUGCUGACGAAGCCGCCGAAGGGAUCCCCCGCCGAGGGCGAGCCGGACUUGGUCAAGCGGAUGGAGCUGCGGUUAAGGGCGUUAACCAAGUUCGACUUUCUCUGGGCGUACUUUGAGGCGUUGGGUUUAGACCAGGAACGGACGAAACUGGGCGUCAUGUUUCAACCGGUUACUAUGACGGUGCCUCUAGCGCACCGGGCAAUCACAUACCUGCGCGAGGGGUUAGGGUUUAAAGACAAGGAAAUCCACGCGGUUAUCGUUGACAGCCCGCAUUUGCUGCGGUGGCAACCAGACGCGUAUCGGAAGCGGCGGGAGUUCUUCGCGUUUGUGGGGUGGGACGAGAAAAAGCUCAUCCAACAAGAUCCGGCGGCCUAUUCGAAAGAUGUUGAGAACCAGUUGAAGCCGAUGUACGAGUUGCUGGAGAGACGGGGCGUGAAGGACGUGAAGCGGUCAUGGAAAGAGGCGCCGAUCAUCUUCGGGAAGAACACGUUGCAAAGUAUGGAAACGAAGCUUGAGCUCUUGCUUGCGGAAGGCUUCACGCCGGACGACGUCAACUCCUUUGUCGUGACAGAGCCGGACUCGCUCGCGCUAAACAUAGAGAAAACGCUGCCGCCCCUUGUUAAGAUCCUGAAAAAGUGGGGCUUCACGGAGCGCCAGCGAGUCGACGUUCUGGCGGGGUGGCCGGAAGUCUUUGAGCAGCGACGAAUUUUCUUCAACGAUAGGCUCAAAUUUUUGAUCGAGGAGAAUGGAAGGACCCCGGCGGAGAUUGCCACGUGGCCGCAGGUUAUGUGGUACGACGUGGUGGGUCGGUUGGAACCCUGCUUUAACCUAGCGAUGCGGUACGGGUACUUGGAUAAAGAUCUAGAGUACAUUUUGCAGCCGCCUGAGGAAGUGUUCUCGUCGCAGCGGCACUUGCACCCGUGGCUGGGUGACCCGAAAGAGAUCGUUGACGAUGUCGUCAAAAACGGGUUGAUGGUUUGAGGUUGACGUAUCCGCACGCUGAAAAGUUCAUGAGUUGCCUACUAGGCUAAGCGGUCGGACUGUGAGAACUCGGAUGUGAGACCUUGUAGACCUAGCGCAACUUGGACUCAAAAGAUCAAUCAACAUGGAUCAUUGAUCACCGUC